CUUUUCUCUCUUUCUCUUUAAAUCGUCUUUAGUAUUUUGUUAUGAUUACUGUGAGAAAUUAAUUAAUUUAAUUUAUACUUUUCACCUGAAUUUUACCUUGAAUCGUUGGAAUUACAAUACUGUGUUAAAAGAAUGGGGUGCAACGCCCUUCUCAAUCUCAACAGUGCCCUAGAUGUUAUUGAUUUAAGUACUUUAAAGGAUCCAACUGGAAUCUUUGAACUGGUUGAGGUUGUAGGAAAUGGAACCUAUGGCCAAGUAUACAAGGGCCGUCACACCAAAACUGGUCAAUUGGCUGCCAUCAAAAUCAUGGAUGUCACUGAGGAUGAGGAAGAAGAAAUUAAGCUUGAGAUAAAUGUUCUUAAAAAAUAUUCUCACCAUAAAAACAUUGCCACUUACUUUGGAGCUUUUAUUGACAAAAGUCCUCCGGGUAAAGAUGAUAAAUUGUGGCUUGUCAUGGAGUAUUGUGGUGCUGGUUCGGUUACUGAUCUAGUUAAAACAACCAAGGGACAGUCAUUGAAGGAAGAAUGGAUUUCCUAUAUUUGUCGUGAAAUUCUUCGUGGUUUAAGUCAUCUACAUGCAAAUAAGAUUAUCCAUCGGGAUAUUAAAGGACAAAAUGUUCUCCUCACUGAUAACGCUGAAGUUAAAUUAGUUGACUUUGGUGUUUCUGCUCAAUUAGAUAGGACAAUUGGUCGUCGUAAUACUUUCAUCGGUACACCUUACUGGAUGGCUCCAGAAGUGAUUGCUUGUGAUGAAAAUCCUGAAGCAACUUAUGAUAAUAGAAGUGAUCUUUGGUCUCUCGGUAUAACUGCAUUAGAAAUGGCCGAGUCUCAGCCUCCGUUAUGUGAUCUUCAUCCCAUGAGGGCUCUAUUCCUGAUUCCUCGUAACUCACCUCCUAGAUUGAAGUCACGUAAGUGGAGUCGAAAAUUUCACUCAUUCAUUGAGACAGUUUUAGUUAAAGACUAUCAACAAAGACCCUGCACGGAUCAACUUCUUCAACACCCUUUCCUCAGAGAUCAGCCAACAGAAAAACAAGUUCGAAUGCAAUUGAAAGAUCAUAUUGAUAGAGUUCGAAAAUAUAAACGAGGUGAACCCGAGGAACAAUUAAGAGGUGGUUUUAUAUCGGACGAUGAUGAAGAGGAUAAUUCUAAUGCUCCAGAAGAUACUGGUGGUGAUGGUCAAGAAGCAGACAGUACUCUUAAACGAAAUGAUAAAACAUUGACUUCGAAUGAAUCAGGUGCUAUUGGACCUUCCGUUGCAGCUUCUGCGAUUCCAAGUCGCUUUAACAAUGCAAACAAUUUUCCUGGUUCAUCAAACAUACCACAACCAGGAGUAAGCCAUGUACCCCAAAUGGCUCAACCAAGUAGUCAUCCAGCAAAUCGACCCCUGCCAGUGCCACCAGGAGGUGGACAUCAUCGUCAUUUACCAGAGCCACCACCCAAUAAACCUUUACCACCGAUUCCAGUUGAAGAGGAAAACAAAAGAGGAAGAGAUGAGAAUGGAGAAAGAAAACCGCUAACACCACCUAGAAACGCAGUUUCCGUUGCACCUAAUGGAGGCCAUCAAAGAAAUUCUGGUUUAUUCAAGGUUGCUCAACUUCACAAACCAGAAGAUUUAGAGGCUUUGGCCGCUCAGCUUGAUGAGCUUGCGUCAUCUAAUCCUGAGAGUAAAAAGUUUGCCCUGCCAAAGUACACCAAUAAUAAUGGAUCAGAUGGUAGACCUGGAAUCGCCCGAGGCAAAAAUGAAACCAAGAUCAAUGGUUUCAAAGCUCGUCAACAAGAACCAAGUCCAAAUCCUCCUCUUGCACCACCUCUAGAGUCUGAUUCAGACGAUGAUGAGGAAGAAGGAGUUGUAAGGAAUGAUGGAACACUUUUAGCAUCAUAUCCUCCGCGACCUUUUAGGCCUUAUGAUAAUAAUCUACUUACAGGGUCAAGUGGCCAAGGAUCAGACUCUUCACCGACUCAAGCGCCUAACCGACCUCUGCCUCCAACACCUGAUGAUGAUGACGAUUCAAACGAUAAAACUCUUGUCACUCGUAAACAUCAACAAGGUGACCGCGGUUCCAAUUUCAACGAUCUCUCAACAAAUCAUUCAUUUAUCCCUCGUCUAGAAUCAUCGCAGAGCUCACCCUCUAAUAUCGCUCUUCUUGGUAAUAAUAGAGAUGGAACUCCACCCAACUCCGUGCUUCCUGAUUUACUACCCCAACAAUUGCAGAGGAAUAGUCAAGAUAAAGCAAUAUCUGAUGAAGUCGCCAACUAUCUUAUGCAAUAUCGACAAGCUGUUAACAGUAAGAAUCCAUUACAUUUACAGCAAAAGCAAAAAUCAUUCCUCACCUUUGGAUUCAGUGCUGGUGGACCCUCGCCCAGCCCAUCACCACGUCGUGGGUCGCAUAUUAAUGUUAACGUAGCUCCUUCUGCUCAUCCUGAUACACCAGAAAUACGCAAGUACAAAAAGAAGUUUAAUUCGGAUAUUCUAUGUGCCUCUUUAUGGGGAGUCAAUUUGUUAAUUGGUACUGAGAAUGAUUUAGUUUUACUUGAUCGAAGUGGUCAAGGUAAAACAUAUACACUCAUCUCACGUCGACGUUUUCAACAAAUGGAAGUCCUUGAAGGUCAAAAUAUUCUGGUCACCAUUUCUGGAAAAAAAUCACGGGUCCGAGUUUACUAUUUAUCUUGGUUAAAGAGUAAAAUCAUACGAACCGAACAGCAAAUCGAGAAAAGAAGUGGUUGGGUCAAUGUUGGUGAUCUACAAGGUGCAAUCCAUUUUAAAAUUGUGGUAUGGCAAAUACCACAACACGUCUCUAAGGAUUGGGAGAAUACCUUUCGAAUAUGGAGUGGCAAUGUUAAAUAUGAGAAGAUCAAAUUCUUGGUAAUCGCUUUACGAGAUAGCAUUGAAAUAUAUGCAUGGGCGCCUAAACCUUAUCAUAAGUUCAUGGCAUUCAAAUCAUUUACUGAUCUUAUUCACAAACCGCUGCUGGUUGACAUGACGAUUGAGGAAGGAAUCAGAUUUAAAGUGAUUUAUGGCUCAAAGGAGGGUUUUCAUGCUGUUGAUUUGGACAAUGGUCACGUCUAUGAUAUAUACAUACCAUCUCUUGUGAGUCAGACUCAAGGACCAGUUACACCUCACACGAUUGUAACUCUUCCCAAUUCUAAAGGAUUACAACUUCUCCUCUGUUAUGAUAAUGAGGGUGUUUAUGUAAAUACAUUCGGAAAGGUUAGUAAAAACAUCAUUCUCCAAUGGGGUGAGAUGCCAACUUCAGUUGCCUACAUCGGCACUGGUCAAAUAAUGGGCUGGGGAAACAAAGCGAUUGAAAUAAGAAACGUUGAAACGGGUCAUCUCGAUGGCGUAUUUAUGCACAAGCGAGCUCAAAAGUUGAAAUUCCUCUGUGAAAGGAAUGAUAAGGUAUUCUUUUCAUCUGCCAAAGGAGGUUCUUCAUGUCAAAUAUACUUCAUGACUCUGAAUAAACCUGGAAUGGCCAAUUGGUGAAAAGAUCGAUGCUGUUUUUAUACAUAAUUAUCAUAAUUUCAAGCCACCAAUUAGAUUUCCAUAAACGAAAGUCUCAAAGGAUCUUACUGAAAGACUUGACUAUAUAAAUAUAUUAUAAAUUAAACUAUUGCCAUUGUAUUACGAAAGCAAAAUCGUUGACUGACUGACUGACGUACGAGACUCAAACUUUGGACUGGAAAAUUCUGAAUGAUUUAUGGAUGAACUCAGCUGACAAACAAGAUUGAAGGCAAAAGGAAAAGUCAACUUUGAAAUCGCUUAAUCCAGUAUCAAUUCAAGUCUCUGAAUAAUCUGAUUGUUGUUAAAUUAACUGUUUACGUAAAAGCAAACACAAAUGAUUAUCAAAAGGAGUGCCACAUAAACACAUACACACACAAAAAUCAUCAACAAGAUAAAAUAAUCUUAUCCCAUUGCCCUCUGUCCAUUGCCCUCUCCUGACCUCUUCUUUGCAACCUUUUUAUUAUCUAUGCUUACCUGUAAGCGUGUUUUUAGUCACAUUUUAAUUAUUAUUUUUACGAUAAUAGUUGUGAGUUAAAAGGCAUAAACAACAACAAACGAGCAACAAUUUUGCAGUAAAAAGAAACAAUCAAAUGAUGAAACUAAUCACUUACAUUGACUCCUAAUCAUUUAAAUGACAUUUGCCAUCCGAUCAUUGAUUAGAAUUGAUCAGUGAAUCUAAGCAUUUAAAAAUCGAUUUGUUCAAACAAUCAGAAUGAAAUUUUCGGUGAUUAAAUGUCAAUCAACUUGAAGAUUUAAACAGAAAAGACAAGAAAGUUAAUUGAUCACUUUUCUAAUUAGCAUUUAUCUUUAUUAAUUAAUACAAGCAAUUUUUGCUUCUUCGGUAAAUGCGGAAGACAAAACUUUCUAAUAAUAAUUGUAAUUGAUUAAUAUAAUUUAAUUUGGUUGCUUUCUCUUGGAAAGAAACAAAAGGUUAACAAUUAGAUAGUUAAUUAAGUUUUCUGCUUGAUUAUUACUCUUAUUUUCUAUCCAAUUUACAAAUUGUAUAAUUUAAAUUCAAUCAAGUGUCUCACAAUUCGUGUAUCUCCUUAAGUUAAUUUAUACUCGAAAUUAUUGAUCAUAAUUACUAAUUGUGAUCAACAAAAUUUGACUAAAUUGGAUUAGGAGACAUUCUCAAUUAUCUCUUAAUUGUUUGACCAAAUAAUCAAUAUCAUCGUUAAAUCAAUUAAUUUGGUAUCAGAUUAAUCUACUAAGUGUAUUAGCUUUUACUCAUUCUAAUUGUCUGAUAGUUAAAUCUAAAUAUUUGGGUUAAUUAAGUUUCAAUUAAUUUACAUUUUAAGGUACAAUGAGUUUAAGAUUGUGAUUAUCAUCAUUUUAAUCAUCAAAUUUGAUUGUAACUCAGAAUCAAUUGUUGUUCCUGUUGAUUGGUUAAAGUGAUAAUAGUUAAUUGUUAUUAGUUUAAACUAAAUGAUUCCUGAUUUCAUUUCAAGAUCGACUUUCAAACUGAUAAUUAAAGUUAUUACAAUUAGUUGAUUGUGAGUGAGUAGACCGAUUAUGAUCACCGGAUAGGCUAAUCAACAGCAAUUUAUAAAUAUAGUUGAUUGGGGACUUAUCGUAUUAAGUGAAAUUAAGAGAUUGGAAUAAGAGGAGAGAAGUGAAUUAAAAUUUAAGAAUAACAAUUAAGUUAAUCAGCAAUCGAUUUCACGGACUUUCGCUUCUGAAUGAAUGAAAUAGAGACAACAAAUUGUUCGGUUAAUAGUUAAUCUUUAUUAUCAUUAAUUAUAUUAAUACUUAUGAUUAUUACUUAUGUUAACUAAUCAAUUGAUUGUUGUAAGACAAAUGGGAAGGAUUUUGUUGAGUGGGUGGAAGGAAAGAAAGAGAAAAAGAAAGAAGAUCAAAAGUCCGUCCUUUUUGUUACCGAUCUCCGAGUUCAUCGUUCAAAGUUAAUCGCGACUCGAGAAUCUAUUUAACUGAACAACCGUUUUGAGAGAAAGUUAAUUCUCGUUUAUUUUGUGUUCGAAUAACAACAAUUAGUUAAUCCGAUUGAUUAGUAAACAUGAACAAGUGCCUCAUUCUUUUGGCUUUGGCCACUCUAAUGGUCGUUGUUAUCAACAAGACAUCAGCUGAUAGUUGGGGUAAACCCAAGCAUAUGUGGUAUGCACACAGACAUGAUCAUCACCAUUACCAUUGGCAUGACCACAAAGCAAAUCACAAAGAGAAUCAUGAUCAUGAUGAGAAACAUAAACAUGAUGCUAAACAUAAUGACGACCACAAACAUUGGGAAGAGCACAACCACAAGCACAAACAUGGCGAGAAACAUAAUCAUGAUGAAGAUCAUCAUCAUGGCCAUAAACAUCAACAUAAAGAGGAUCAUCAUGGAAAAUUCAAUCAUAAACAUCACGAAAUGCAUAAACACAAAGACCAUUGGGGCCACAAAAAAUAGUUAACUCGAUAUUUAUCAAACUAACUUGAAUAAAAUCCCAAAAAUAUCACAAUCAAUCAUAAGCAAAAAUGUACCAAAAUCAAGUAAUAAAUGUUAAAUUAAUCAUCGA